AUGGAAUGUAAGCCAGCUAUUACCACCGUCUCUCUUGGGUCAUACAAGUUCCACAGUAUCAUAGACAAGAUCGACGAAGCCGCACGAAAUGGAUUCAAGGCCGUCGAACUCUUCAUCGAUGACCUUGAAGCCCUUGCCAGAGACAUCAACCCUGUACCUGCCAACUUUGCCCCUUCUCGCGACUCUGUAUUAGCUGCUGCCCAUCAAAUCCGCGAGCAAUGUGACAGUCUGGAAAUUGUCAUCCUUAACCUCCAGCCCCUGCGCUUCUACGAGGGUCUGGUUGAUCGGAAAAAGCGCAACCAAAUCCUAGAUGAGGUACUGCCCGUAUGGAUGGAUGCGCUCAAAAUACUCGGCGCAGACACUAUUCUAGUCCCCUCAAACUUCCUCCCCGAGGACCCUGAGACUGGACUUCCUCAGACAAUCGGCGACUUGGACAUAAUCGUCGAAGAUCUCCGUGAACUGGCUAUCCGAGGCGCGCAACACGAACACUCCAUCAAAUUUGCUUACGAGGCACUUGCUUGGGGCACGCAUGUCAACACUUGGGAAAAGUCUUGGGAAAUCGUCCAGGCAGUCAAUCGACCCAAUUUCGGCCUUGCCCUGGAUACGUUCAACAUUGCCGGUGCCAUCUACGCCGAUCCAACCACAGAGGAUGGUCGCGUUGCGGACACAGCUGAGGCCGAUCUAUUCGCCUCACUGGCCCGGAUGGCUUCUACUCUGGAUAUCAGCAAGCUGUUUAUCGUCCAGAUAGCCGAUGGCGAGCGUCUCAGCCAGCCACUGGGCCCGGGCCACCCUUUCUAUGUUGCCGGUCAGCCCAGUCGACUGAGCUGGUCUCGAAACUGCCGGCUUUUUCUUUGUGAGAACGAGAGUGGUGGGUUCUUGCCUGUCCUCACCAUAUUGAAGGCUAUCCUCGAUCUCGGAUGGACUGGAUACCUUGCGUAUGAGGUCUUCUCGCGUUCAUUGGCAGAUGCUGAUCACCGGACACCGGCGCUACAUGCAGAGAGGGGAAAGAUAUCUUGGCAGCGGCUUUGCAGGAUUGCAGAGACUCAAAUAAAUCAGUCCGAAACUUCCAGUCCCAGAGGAUUCAAAUUAGGUGGAAUGGGAUUGCUAGAGACGGCGGUGCAUGGGGUGGAGAGAGGGGUGGACUCAGGGGUCUCGCAUGGUAGAAUUGUGAUAUAA